AUGACAGACAUCUCCGUUUCCAUUGUUGUCGGGGUCGCUUUGUCGGUCCUUCUCGCCGCUUGGGCCGUAGCGCAUAUGCUCGUCCUUGAGCAGUGGACCAACUUCCUCUACUUCCACGCGAGGAUUCUGAAGCGUCGCACGCCUCUCGGCCCGAUGACAAACAGUCGUCGACACCUCUCCGAGAACUUCAAAGAUCUCACUUGUCUUUCGAUAACGCCGAUGACCCUGCUCGUGCACAUCGCGUCGCCUGAAGUAUUGAGUGGCCGCUUGGAUCUCGCGCUUCGGCCACUGGACAUCGCAGUAUCGGUCAUCGGGAUAUACAUCUGCUUUGAUGUCAUCUACUACUGCGUUCAUCGGACCUUCCACCAAGUCCCCUUCCUUUAUGUGCACAUCCACAAACGCCAUCACGAGGAUGUUCCCGUCCAUCUCUUCCUAACGGCAAAAGCCGAAUAUAUUGAGAACAUAUUGGCCGUAUCGCCCGGCAUCUCGAUCUGGGUCAUCCUGGUCCUCAAGUUCUUCCCAACACUCAACCUCUGGACUCUACUCCUCCCUGUGCUGACCCUCGUCAUGGAAUUCAAUACGGCGCACACCGGAUACCUCGACCAUCCUCUGCUCUACUUGAUGAGCCCUUUACAAUGGCUUGUCAAAGCUCUACCUUCAGCGCGUCAUGUUGCCCAAGAGCAUGAGGAACACCAUUUAACGUUGAAGAAGAAUUUCGCGCCCAUCUUCAGUUUCCUCGAUCGGUUAGGCGGAACCCAUUCCGUCCCGGAUCGUAAGAGAUUUGCAACCGCCGACGUAAUGGAAUCACGAAUCAAAAGGACGUAG